UAAAGCUAGAAUUAGAAGUUAGACCAGUAUCAUGUAAGUUGCAGAGUUGGUGAUGGAGCCUCUUGUUUUGCCCAAACACUCUGACCUCUCUGCGUACCCACUUGGAUUUCUAGAUCAACAUUUUAAAACCCUGGAAGAUUUAACUUCCUCUUCACAUCUUUUCAAUUCACUCAGUAACUCUUGCUCCGAUUUGGACACACAUCUUUUUUCCCUCCAGACCCAUCUUUCAAAACACGCCGUUUCUUGGAUUUCUCGCUCAUUUCCGGGCAAAACCGCUCUUCACAAACUCAAACUCAAGCUAGCAUCGUCUCAAUAUGGGGCUGGUUCCAAGAAAAUGCAGCAGAUAUUGUUUGAGUUGGCUCAAUUUGCUGAAGAAUUGCGGCGAAUUCAGAAUAUUCAAAAAUAUGUUGAUACUACUCUAGAGUUAGAAGCUCUGGUUGGAGAUCUUGAAGAUGCAACUUUCUGUUCAGUGAAUCACCCAAACGGGAAUAUAUUUUCAGUGAGGCUUUCGAAUUCAUUGGAUUUUCAACCAAAAAAGGAAAGGUUACUUAAAGCCUUAAAAGUUCUUAAUGAGAUUGAAGAAGUACUGGUUCGUGUUGCAAAAUUCCAACCCCAGUGGCACCAUCUUUUGAAAUCUGUUGAUAUUAGAGUAGAUAAGUCGUUGGUUGUUCUUCGGCCACAAGUGUUUGCUGAACAACGCAAUCUUCUUGCUUCUAUAGGGUGGCCACCAAAACUCAUAACAGCAGAAAGUGGGAAUGCAGAUAUCUAUGGCAUUCCAAACCCCCUAGUUUCAAUGCAAGGAAACCAGAGGGAUUCCUACUGUCAUAGUGCUCUAGCUCUCUGUGCUUUGCAGCAUCUGCAGACACGAAGGGAAAGGCGACAGCUUAAUCUUUUUGGACAGGAUUGUGAUGCUAACCUUUGGGCCAUUGAUGAACUGGUAUCUCCUUUUGCAUCACGAAUAGAAUACCAUUUCUUAAGAUGGGUUGAGCAGCCUGAAUAUAUUUUUGCUCUUUCAUACAAAAUCACGAGAGACUUAAUUGUGGGAGUAGAUGAUGUUUUGGGUCCUUUAAUCGAUAAAGCAAGAUUGCGAAGCUAUGGUGCUAAAGCAGCUUGGGUUUCUGCAAUGGUACAAGUGCUUUCUAAUUUUUUGACAAAAAGCAUUUUUCCUUCUCUUUAUGAAAAAUACAAGGAGAAACAUGAGAGAGCAGAAGUCAUGUCUUCAUGGCUUCAUCUGAUAGACCUUAUUAUUGCAUUUGAUAGAAAGAUGCAAUCACUCUUAAAUGUAGAAAAUUAUCUCUUCUUGAAGGACACUGAUAUGUUUGAAGGGCUUUCAAGAAGUAUAUCAGUGUUAAUGAUAUUUUCGGACAGGCCAAAAUGGCUCAAUGUUUGGGCAAAGAUAGAGCUCAAGAAUGCAUGGAAAAAACUAAAAGCACAACUUAAAGAUGAAAGAGCAUGGUCAAUUGAUAACAUGUGCUGUUUUGACCUUAAUAAAGAGGAGUCUGAACAAUUUUUACUUUCUACAAGAGAACAACAUAGAUCUCCAGUCAUAGCAGAAGCUGCUGUUAAAUUUUCAUGGGAAAUGAUCGAACGAUGUCAAACUUUUCCAGCCAUUUUACCACGUGUUCAGUUUAUAAGGUCAACAGCAGCCAAAUUCCUCUGGCAUUUUCUCAAUGUAUUGUUGUUUCGGUGCAAGGGUGUUGAAUCACGUCUUGACAAUCCUCAGGAUGAAAUCUUAAUUACAAUAUGCGGAUCGAUUAAUGCUGCCAGUUAUGUUGAAUCUAAAUUGAGAGAAUGGAGUGAUGAUGUAAGAUUUUUGGAGAUGACUGCUGCUGAAAAUGAUUCCAACAUUCAUAGAAAAAAUUAUGUGACAUAUGAUAAUAGCCACUUCUUUGGGGAAGAAAUCAAAAGUUUGCUUGAGCUUGAGAAAAAUUGGCUUAUGGAGAUAGUUGCUGCCCUUCUUCGUCAAUUUGAAACACUUUCCUGGGAGUAUAUCCAAAAUAAGAAUCAUUUUGAGCAAGAGCAAGAAGAAUUUACCAAGGAGAGAGUCCUAGUAGCGACAGAUUUAUUUGCAUCAGUUGAUUUUGUUGAAUCAUUGGAUGGUUUGAGGAGACAGCUUAAUGCUUGUAAGAUUAGUCUUAAUCCAAAGGACUUUUUAGAUCUAUGGCGAAGUGUUGCUGAUGGGCUCGACCAUUUUAUCUUCUGCAGCAUUAUUUUUACAAGUAAGAUUCAGUUUUCAAGCAAUGGGAUAAAUCUGUUUGAGGCUGAUACGCAGGCAUUAUUUUUUGUUUUCAAACAUUUUUGUUGUCGCCCAGAGGCAUUUUUUCCUCGUAUAAGAGAGACUCUUAAGGUGUUAAAAUUUAGUGGGGAAGAAUUAAAGCUGUUGCAAGUGGCUUUGUGCAACGAUAAAAAUAGAACAAAAUACUUGCAUUCUUUGGGAAUUUCUCACUUGUCUUUUGACCAAGUUGAUAAGAUUUUGAACAGUAGAAAGUGAAGCUUUUAUAGUUUUUCUUUCUCCACUUACAUCUUCAAUUUGGUUUUCUUAUUUCUAAUAAAUUAUUAUUUCCACCUCA